AUGUGGCCAGUGGAAGCUGAACAAGGCACUGCUGCAUUCUUGCCAGCAUUCGUGUACUCAUUGAAGGUGUCUCCACUCAUAGAGAAAAUAAGUGAUCACAAGGAUUUUAAGAAGCUUCUCAGGACACGGAAUAACGUACUGGUGCUGUAUUCCAAAUCUGCCACUGCUGCUGAAAGCUCACUCAGAUUACUGUCCAGCGUGGCCCAGGAGGUGAAAGGACGAGGCACUAUAGGCUGGAUAGACUGUGGUGAUACUGAAAGCCGAAAAUUAUGCAAGAAGAUGAAGGUAGAUCCUAAUUCAAAGGAGAAGGGAGUGGAUUUACUCCAUUAUAAGGACGGUGCAUUUCAUACUGCAUAUAACAGAGCGGUCACAUUGAAGUCCAUGGUGGCCUUUCUCAAGGAUCCAGAGGGUGCUCCACUGUGGGAGGAAGAUCCUGAAGCCAAAGAUAUUGUGCAUGUUGACAGUGAAAAGGAAUUGAGAAGGCUUCUGAAGAAGGAAGACAAACCCCUACUUCUGAUGUUCUAUGCCCCAUGGUGUGGUGUUUGUAAGAGAAUGAUGCCAUCUUAUCAGCAGGCAGCCACAGAACUCAAGGGUAAAUAUGUUCUUGCGGGAAUGAAUGUUUACUCUGCUGAAUUUGAAAGGAUAAAGGAAGAAUUCAAUGUCCGGGGAUAUCCUACAAUCUGCUAUUUUGAGAAAGGAAAGUUCCUGUUCAACUUUGAGAACUUCGGUGCUACCGCAGCAGAUAUCGCAGAGUGGCUGAAACACCCACAGGCACCUCAGCCACAGGCUCCAGAGACUCCCUGGGCAGAUGAAGAAAAUGUAGUUUAUCACCUGACCGAUGAGGACUUCGACAAGUUUAUAAAAGAUCAUUCAUCUGUGCUAGUGAUGUUCCAUGCACCAUGGUGUGGGCACUGUAAGAAAAUGAAGCCAGAAUAUGAGAAGGCUGCAGAGUUUCUCCAUGUAACCAGUGAUAGUCCGGGUGUCCUUGCAGCAGUCGAUGCGACCGUCAACAAGGCUCUGGCAGAAAGAUAUCACAUCUCAGGGUUUCCUACUUUGAAGUAUUUUAAGGAUGGAGAGGAGAAAUACACUCUGCCACACCUCAGAACAAAGAAGAAGAUCAUUGACUGGCUGCAAAAUCCUGAAGCACCACCUCCACCUGAGCCUGCAUGGGAAGAAAAACAGACCAGUGUUAUCCACCUGGCUGGAGAAGACUUCAGGGAGUCCUUGAAGAAGAAGAAGCACACCCUUGUCAUGUUCUAUGCACCAUGGUGUCCUCACUGUAAAAAUGCCAUUCCACAUUUCACAACUGCUGCUGAAGUCUUUAAAGAAGAUCGCAAGAUUGCCUACGCUGCAGUGGACUGUGCCAAAGGACAGAAUCACGACCUGUGUAAGCAGGAGGGGGUCGAUGGCUACCCCACCUUCAACUAUUACAACUACGGGAAAUUUGUGGAAAAAUAUACUGGAGAUCGAGGGGAGUCUGGAUUCACCACUUUCAUGCGAACCCUGAGAGAAAGAGAUCAUGAAAGAGUAGGAAAGAAGAAGGAUGAAUUGUAGUUUCUGCCUCAAAAGAAGCUUUCCGCUGCACUGUGAAUGGUUCCAGGUCUUUUGUUGAUGCACCUGAGACUUCACAUAUUCUCAAGACAGAGACUUUUUUUUAUAAACAGCCAUGGCCAUUUUGUACGAUUUUGAAAUAAAGUGAAACCACUUGAUUUUUAAAAGGAAAAUAAAUUAGAAUGUUGCCAUAA